AUGGCAAUAAAAGGUUCUCAGGGCUCUCAAAUGGAUUUAGACCAAUUUAUCAAAGACUUCAAUGCUUUAAAGAAAAAGAGCUGGGAGAUUUCCGUAGAGAAUAGGAAACUAGUAAAUGCAGAGUCCAAAGAACUGGCAGCAGGUCGUAAACCUAGGGUAUACCAACUGGAAGCCCCUGAGCCAUCGUUACCAACACAAGAUGAUAAGCAUGGAAACCAGUUGAUGAAUUAUACUAUCCAGCAAUAUGAGGAAUGGAAUUCAAGACAGCGUGACCAGACUAAUAAAAGAGACUCUGGUAAUUUGCAAGAUAUGGCCAAGUACACUUAUGAUAAGGAACUGAAUAAACUGCAUAAGGAUACAAUGCUUCAAAAUAGGUAUACAAAUGGUGGUAGUAUCCAAAAAAUGAAUAGAAAUCCAAAGACAGGAAAGUUGACCAUUAAAGAUGAUGAUCAGCUGGUUAAAAAAUUGGCAAAGGAUAUGGAUAAGACCGCUACUGAAAGGUACGAGGCUAGGAGGAGAGAGAUGGAAAGAUCCAAUGUGCAAAAUGCUUCAAGCGGCGGUGGAUACAUCAAUGAAAAGAAUAAACAGUUUAAUGAGAAAUUGGACAGACAAAUGCCCCAGAGUCCCUAA